AGGACCCUCCCUGCUCGGGGCUCAGAGGGACAAUGAUCCUGCAACAGUGGUGGCUGGUUUUCGCUGCUGAAUUCACCUUCAUAUGCAUCUCCGGCCAGUUUUCCCUGCAGAAGAGACAAUGUGUUUACCAUGUGAACAGCAAAGCAAAUACUCAACAGAAUCACAAAUACGUGACUGCUGGUAAUGUGAGUGGGUCGGUGCAGGACUGUGAGAGCACCCACUGCUGCGUGGGAUACUUUCUGGUCAUUGAUGGCCGGCCGGUCGUCGACCUCCUCGCUUGUGAUGUGGCUGAAAAGUCUUGCCCAGAUGCAACCUGCAAGACACAAACACGGUUUAACAGUAGCGUUAAAUGUGUGUGUAACACAGACCUCUGCAACGGCAACAUCACUUGGACACAGUCAGAACAGCCUCGGCUCACCUACUCUUAUUUUGUAGAUGAAGUCAUGAAAGUUGUUGUGAUUCUGAUCGGCAUUUUGCUCGUCCUGUGCCUCAUGAUCGUUGCUGCCAAGUGGAGAAACCUCAAACAGAGGAAUCUACGAGCUGUUGAUGGUCGUGUGUCCCCGUCGUGUUCCUGCCAAACAACCAAAACCUCUGAGAUUGACAUAGCAGACAUUGAACUACAGCAGAUGUUGGGCCGUGGCUAUUUUGCCACUGUCUGGCAGGGGAAGUACAGAGGAUCCACGGUGGCGGUGAAGGUUUUCCCUGCAGGUUGGAGACAAACAUUUUCCACAGAGAAGGAGGUGUAUGAGCUACCACUGAUGAAGCAUGCUGGGAUUCUCCACUUCCUGGGCACUGGGAGGAAGGCGGACGACAGCAGUUGGUUCAUUGUUCUGCAGUUUGCUGAAUAUGGUUCUCUUCAUUCCUUUCUGUGUAAACACACCACCAGCUGGAUGCUGUCACUGAAGUUGUGCCAGUCGUUAUCGCAGGGACUUUCCUAUCUCCACUCUGACCUUCGCAGAUAUGAUGUGCACAAACCUCCUGUGGCCCACAGAGACCUCAGCAGCUUCAACGUGCUUGUGAAAGCAGAUGGAACCUGCGCCCUGUGUGAUUUUGGAUGCUCCGCCAUCCUGCGUUCUUGUUCAGGACAUCACAGCUGGCAGAGCCACACCACACACAAGGGUUAUCGUCAGUUGGGCACGCUGCGCUACAUGGCCCCUGAGAUCCUGGAUGGCGCAGUAAACCUGAGCAGAAGGUGGUGUCUCAUGCAGACGGACAUCUAUGCUUUGGGACUGCUGCUGUGGGAGAUCUGGAUGCGCUGCUCCGAUUUAUAUGAAGGCAGUAUCCUUCCACCACAUCUGUUGCCGUAUGAAUCUGAGCUGGGAGCCAAUGUAACGCUGAGGAGCCUCAUCACGUUCGUGUUAAACCUGGACAAGAGACCCUCCAUUCCUAAACACUGGGAGCUGCUGCCACAGGGAUCUGCUCUGCAGGAGCUCCUGACCGACUGUUGGGAUUUUGACCCGGACGCUCGGCUGACCGCUCAGUGCGUCGUGGACAGAUUAGUCUCUCUUCAGUCCUGUUUCUCUGACAGCAGCUCAUGACUCUGACUUGCUGUUGCACUGUUCUCGUUUCAGAGAUUUUUAAUCAGGUUCAAAUCUACAGGUAAAUCCCAUUGACUUGACCACGUUUUGAUAAGUCUUUUUCCUUCUAUAACUUAAUGAUAAAUUACUACAUUUUUAAUCCGGGUACAUUAUAAAAGAAAUAUCCAUAUUGUCAUGAUUAUUGAGAAAAAAAACAUCACUUAUGGGAGAAAUUGAAAUGUUAUUCCAUAAUCUCAGUAUGCAGCUUGGUAUUCUGUGCCUUAUAUUAUCUCUUCAUUAUUGUCUUUUAAAUCUCUCUUCAAGACAUAGUUUCACAUGUGUGCUUUCACCUAGUUCUCAUCUUAUCAUCUAUUUUAAUCAUUUUAUCAUGUAUUAUUUCAUCUUAUUUUUACUAUUUCCUCAUCUGUAAAAAAA